GAGAGCGCGAGAGCCGCUGAGUGAGGCAGGGUGGAUGCAGAAGUGUGUGUGUGUAUAUAAGUGUGUGUGUGUGUGUGUGUAUGUGUGUGUGAACGUGUAUCUAACGUUAAAAAAUUGUACCAUUUCGUCUCGCCAGAGGAUGGAUUAUUAAAAAAAAAAGUAACCGUUGAUCGUUUGCACGUGACUACAAUGAAGCUGUUCAGAGACCAUGAAGGGAUGAAGACCCAGUGAUCUGAGAGAUCUCUCUUUAUCAGGGGACUUUGUGGUUCUUUUGUUUUGGGUUUCUUGUGUCGAAAGGAGUCUCGCGCACAGGAUACGCAGACCCGGUGGCUGGUGACGUUAGGAGGUGAAACUGCGUCAGAGUGCACGCGCGCGUUCUUUCUGUUACAUAGAAAAAACACACGGCUCAUCAGGUCUCGCGUGGGGGCAAAAAAGAUGACAGAAAAUGGCGAGAAGGAGAACGAACCGCAUCACCGGGACCUGCAGCGUUCACCGGGUUCCGGUACAAUUCGGCCCGAAUCCAAGCUCCAGAAACUGAAGCGCUCACUAUCACUCAAGUCAAUGAUGCGCAGCAAAAGUGUUGAGAACUUCUUUCAGAGGUCCAACUUUGAGGCCCCUUCCCCUGACAGUAUCAUCACUACCGAGGCUCCACCCUCCAUCAUCGAGUCUCCCUUUUGUGACUGCCCUUUGACCCUUGACAGGUCCCCGUCCAUCAGUCCGAACCUGUCUAUCUCUUCACGUUCACCUUCAUCAAGCCCAUCCCUGUCAAUUAACUCCAACACUCCUCCCCCUCCUCAGCCACGCCCACUGAAAACACACUGUUUCUUGGAAUACGUGUUUCGCCGGCCCACUGUCUGCCAGCAGUGCAAGCAAAUCAUAACAGGGAACUCAAAGCAGGGUCUGCGCUGCAAGACGUGUAAACUAGCAGCCCAUCUGUGGUGCUCAUCUGAACUUUCACAGCAGGUUUGCAAUGGAAAGUCGGGGGCAUUCAAGCGGAACUUCAGCUCUCCACUGCUCACUAACGAGCUGUUUACUGUCGUUAAGGAAGCUCCGCCCACUCAAGAGGAAGGAAAAGGCACAGUGGACCCCGUGUAUGAAGCCCUGCGAUACGGAACGUCUCUAGCACAAAUGAGCCGUUCGACUUUCAACAGCAUCUCAGAGUCGCCGUGUCAACAGAGUGAAGAAGGACAGGAGAAGCUGGACAGUGAAUCUGUUGCUGAUGAAGAGUGUGGGGCUGAAUCAGAAGUGGCGUCUCUGGCCGAGAGUGAGAAGAGUGAGGUGGACGACAAGCUCAGUUUACAGCCCCCCAGGCGCAUCGAGCUUCGCGCCAUUCACACCUAUGUGGUGUUGUACAAGUUCCUGCCUCAGGAGAAAAACGACCUUGAGCUUCAACCCGGUGACCGUGUUCAGGUACUCGAGGACUCAAAUGAGGACUGGUGGAAGGGGAAGAGUCGAGACAAAGUCGGAUUUUUCCCUGCUAACUUCGUGCAGCGUGUGCGUCCUGGAGAAAGAGUGUGGAAGGUCACUCAGGGUUUCCAUGGCAACCGCGAGAAAGGUCAAAUGACAGUAAAAGAGUUACAGAUCUGCGUUGGGAAAGAGGAGGAAACCGACGGCUUUUUGAAGCUGACCAGCGGAAAGAAGAGAGGACUCGUACCCUCCAAGUGUGUAGUGGAGAUAUGAACAACCUCCCUGCCAUACACACACACACACACACACACACACACACAUACAUACAUAUACGAUGACGGCAGGGACACACUCUCAUACACCAGCAAGCAUCAUGGGAUGGAAGUGCACUUGCCUUCGCUCACUUCCUUUCACUCGGCUAUGAGAAUGAGACUUGAAGGAAUGAUCAUCAGGAAUGACGUGUUUGGCUGAUCCUGACCUCUGACCUCAGGCACACGUGACCAGUGGAACAGUUUUGUUUCGGUUGAUGACAAUGUAUCUGUUUGCUGUAUGAGUUUGUGUAUGUGUGUGGGGGCGUUGGGGGACUCAAACAUUACAGUAGCAAGCAGGAGCUGUGUCAAAUCCCACAUGUGAGUUAGAAUCACUGAAAGACAGCAACAGAUUCAGUGCAGGAAAAAAGAGGCCUGUUAAGUGUCCCAUCAUGCACCACCAGGUUUAGAGGAGAUCCAGAGACCCGUCAUGGAGAAGACGGGCUAAACAAAUAAAUAGCUGUAUAAGUGUUGGGAUCGUAAUUGAAUUAGACUAGAUCAAAUCCUACUUCAUAUUUCUAUAACUGUCUGUAAUUCCUUUGUGCUUAUUACUGAGUCUACACACGUUUCUGCACAAUCCUAUAAACCACCUCUGUACGCUUAAACAGAGCAGACGUGUUUCCAACGUGUUAGGGAUUUCUUUAUCGCAGGGUUUUUCUUCAUCUGGUUUCUGGGGCAGUGAUAAUAUUCAUAUUUCAUUGGUGAAUUAGGGAAGGAAAAGCAUUUAGGGUUCGGGUUAAAUGUCAGUGCAGAUAUCUGGAGCACUAACACACACAUAAACAGAGUUAUUGUGUUAAACCCCGACAGUUUAGUCACGAAACACAGAGCUCAAUGCAGAAAUCCAGAGGAGUAACGUCGCUGUUCAAUGUAUAGUUUAUAUACUUAAUAUAACGCUAACCAAAAUGAUCCUCACCAUCACUGCUGGUACCAUUAACACACUUAAAGUGGGGCUUUCUGUCCUUGACUACAUAGUGAACACUUUUCAGUGUGAGAGCUGAGACACGGCGUGUUAUUAAUUGAAAUAUACAGCAGCACAACUAUUUGUGGUAGGAGAGAAAAAUGGAAGCGUUCAGAUUUUACACCAAGAUGUUGAGAUUUGAGAAUGAAUAAUAAAAUACAAUGGACCACAAAUAACAUUCAGUUCUGGCCUAAAUACAGUUUUUAGUAAUGUAGCUGAGCGAUUUUCCGAAAAAUGUAGCUUUUCAGAUACAAUGCUGUCUUUUUUUCCCCAUCAAGAAGCAAGAGUACGAAAUCUGACCUCAGGUAUAAACACCUAAUAUGCUCAAACAGCAAUUUCAUUCAAAAGUUACACAAUAAAAGUAAACAUAUAAUGCACAUUAACAUUAACUGUGUAGAUUUUUCCAGAAAUGAAGUGAAACAUGAAUAGCAGUUUACAGUGUAAACAUACAUAGUAAUGUUAUUUGCUAAUGGCUCCAAGAGGCUAAUGGCUACAAAACUGAUAAACAAAUGAAAAAAUAAAUAAAUAAAUAAAUCUCUGUUAUGGCAAAUGUUAGUACCUUUAGUAAAAAUAAAAUUAAAUAAAAAAAAUAAAUAAAAACUAGCCUCAUUGUUUCUCAGUAGCUUGUAGUGUAGCUAGCUACUUUAGCUAGCUAGCUUCAUAGCUUACAACUGCAUCAGUAUUUUCCCAGAACAGCCUCAAAGCCUUUGAGCGUCCUCUUAUACAACCAUUACACUUUUUCAAAUAAUUAAAAAAAAGACAUUUUCUGUCCAUUAUCCGUGCGUUCUAUCCAUUUAUUUUUUUCUUGUAGAAUGUCUGAACCUAGUUUCUCUUCUCGCUAACGUUGUAAACAAUCUUUCCCUCCUCUGCUUUGUUUUUUCUCUCUCUUGAAGUUGCUAAGAGUAAAAUAAUGUUAAACCAGUAAGCAAAGCUAUCAUCUGAAUUGCAGCAGCGCUAGCAUCAGACCCACUCGAAACCUAGAAACCUGACAUGUCUGACUUCACCAGCUCUGAAACGAUUAAGGAAACAGUAUAAGAAGUGUUUGUUUGAUGCUGGAGUCAGACUUUGACUUUUUCAGUCAGUGUACAUCUUUAAGAAUUUGGAAUUUGAUAUGUCACUUGUGGGGACGUUUUUACUCUUUUACUCUACUGUUUCAAGUGUUUAAAGAAAACUCAGAAGAGCUCAGGUGUUCAGGUGGUUUUUAUAUAUGAUAAAAUCGCUGAAUUCCUGAAUAUCUGUUCUGUACACUUCUACACUGACACACCGUGAAAUAAAAUGAAAUAAAAAAAAAAGUUCUGAAUCAGCGUAGGAUGUUAUGUAUACUGCCUGGAGUGUGUGUUUAAUGGAAGUUGUUUAUUUAUUCAUUCAUCCCAGCGUUUUGCUUUUCCUGGUGGUUAUGUAGAUCAGACAUGAUGUGAGAUCUUGGGUCUUGGGUCUGCCCCAGGGGCACAGCUCCAGGAGGUUACCCUGUAUGAUGCCCAAACCCCCUCAGAUAACUGCUGGUGAUUAAAGAGUCCAGCAACCCAGCAGGGGAACCUCAUGUCUGUGUCUGUGUAUACACACAUACACACACACAUACACACACACACACACAUACAAACACACACACAUACACACAUAAAUACAGCAAUUUUAUUCCUGAGCUUUGUGAUGUAUAAGUUGUUCAGCACAGAGUGAGACCAUGUAAAAAUGAUAAAGGGCACAUCAGACUGAGGCAGAGAUGCAGCUGUGAACUGAGAACAGAAACAGCAUUAGCAUUAAAGAUGAGGAAAAAAAUCCACAUUUUCAUAUUAAUAGCGUGAACCUGUUAAUAAACGUGUUUCUGUCACA